GCCCAGAGCCUCUCAGAGCUUCCGGGCCCAGGGCAGUACGAACCCAGACACCUGGCCAACCAGAGCGAGGGCGCCCGCGCGGCCUUCCGGUCCACCAGCCUCCGCUUGGAGAACCCAAGCGACGAGGCCGCGCCAGGCCCCGGCGACUACCACGACGGCCUGGUGAGGCUUCGCGGCUUAGCUCUCAGAUCUCCGGCGCCUCACGGCCUCCGGCCCUCUGGGAGGCCAGUGGGCUACAUCCCCGAGCACCUGCAGAGCCUGGACAUGCGGAUGCCCACCUUCAAGGAGCGCCCUUUGCGAUGCCCGGAGAGUUGCAGUGCCGGGGGGUUCCUCAUUUCUCGGACACUGCGCCAGGAGCGCUCGGCUCCGCACAUCACGAGGGUGCACCGAGACCUCCCGGCGGCCUCGGCCAAAGCCAGAGGCCACGCGGGCGCGCGCUGUGGUGCCGGAAUUCACAGAGAAGCCGCGGCUCCAGGCGUCCUGGGCAACUUUGCCAACGAGGUGCUAGCGGGGGGCUCCGGCUCCGCUUCAAUCCGGGUGAGCCGGCAGUGCCUCGGAAGCCAAGCCCUGGCAGUGGCCCUGCCGGGCCCUGGGGAGUACCAGGAGCCCGCCGGGAAAAAAGGCUCGAAGUCCAAGGCGACGGCCGGCAGUGCCUUCCAGGGCUCCAAGCGGAUGGACCUUGGAGCACAGGAGUCCUCCUUCCCGGGCCCUGGCAAGUAUGAGCCGCGCAAGGUCGCGUCGCCGAUGGCCCGCACUCUGCGAUCCGCCUUUCAGUCGACCUCCGACCGUGGGAAGAUCGAGGCUCUGACUUUUUCCCAGCCCAGCGAUCUUGCAGCUUUACCGCGUCGGACAUGCCCUUCGGAUGAAAACAGAGUCAAUCAGUUUAUGACAGUUUAUGUACAUUACUACAAACUCCUGGAGCGCAAUUACUUUCUACAGCAGUGGAAAGACAGUGGAAUAAGACACUGA